UGUCGGAUAACCAACCUAAUUUUUCUGUCUAAUCAAUUUUUGCCUAGCUUACCAAUUUGCCCCUCCUCAGUACUCUGGCGCCCAUGUCAAACUCAUUGGCUGCAUGGUAAUACACCAUUAAGCAGGAGGGCAUAUAUGUCAAUUAAUCCUUUUCCCACAUGAAGAAACCGAAACAAACGAGCUUCGUUCCCAUCGCCCAAACACGACAUUACACUCCGGAGCUUCCAAAGCCACAGAUACAAGACUACUCUCGGGAGCUCACCAAUGGCUGCUAUCGCUGGAUCAAACGUCGUCGCUUGCAAAUCCGUCCGAGUUUCAGAGAAAUUCGGAGCUUCCAGUGAUCGGAGAAUCCUACAUUUUAAGAAAUCGUCUCCGAUUUCUGUCGGUAGCCGAUCGGCUCAGCUUCGGCAUUGCAUUGGCCUUAAAUCGAAGAGCUCUCUUGCUUCGUCAGGGGGUAUAAGAGCUCAAGUUGCUACUCUGGAACAAACAAGCACUGGAAAAGCUCAAAAUGUGGAGGCUCCUGUAGUCAUUGUGACAGGGGCCUCUAGAGGUAUCGGAAGGGCUGUUGCGUUAUCUUUGGGAAAAGCUGGUUGUAAGGUCUUGGUUAAUUAUGCUAGAUCAUCAAAGGAGGCUGAGGAAGUUGCUAAAGAGAUUGAGGAAUUUGGUGGACAAGCUCUUACUUUUGGUGGAGAUGUUUCUAAAGAAGCAGAUGUUGAAUCAAUGAUCAAAACUGCUGUUGAUGCUUGGGGAACUGUUGAUGUACUGAUAAAUAAUGCAGGAAUCACUAGGGAUGGUUUAUUGAUGAGAAUGAAGAAGUCCCAGUGGCAGGAGGUUAUUGAUUUAAAUCUUACAGGCGUAUAUCUCUGUACACAGGCAGCAGCCAAAAUUAUGAUGAAGAAGAAAAAGGGAAGGAUUAUCAAUAUAGCCUCAGUUGUUGGUCUAGUUGGCAAUGUGGGGCAAGCCAAUUACAGUGCUGCAAAGGCAGGAGUAAUUGGCCUGACAAAGACCGUUGCGAAGGAGUAUUCCAGUAGAAACAUCAAUGUUAACGCCAUUGCCCCAGGAUUUAUUGCAUCUGACAUGACUGCCAAGCUCGGAGAAGAAGUGGAGAAGAAAAUUUUGGGGACCAUUCCUCUAGGAAGAUAUGGCCAACCAGAAGAAGUUGCCGGGCUAGUGGAAUUCUUGGCCCUCAGUCCUGCAGCAAGUUACAUAACUGGACAGGUAUUGACCAUUGAUGGAGGGAUGGUAAUGUAGGCUCCUGAACCUGCACGGUUAAUCGAGCACUCAAGAGAGAGCUUCCUAUUCCUAGAUCAGGAUAGUGAGAAAUGGAAUCAUAGGCUUAAACUGGGGUACGACACACAUUACAUGGAAGCUCGUAGUAGGAUUUUGCUCCCUCUUCCUUCAACUUUGUUCUAAAGAAAGCUUCAACUAGCUUGUUAAGAAAUCGAACAAGGGUGGCUUAAAAGUUUUCUUUUGGGCUGCGCUUGCCUUACCAUUAAUGGAAUGUAGUUUUCAGUAAAGCCGGAUAUUAUUGUUGGUCUCAAGAACAUUGGAUAGAUCGGGUAUGCUUUAAUAAAAUUUUUGUGUAAUUUUCUCAGUAUUCUGAAAUUAACAUUCUAGUGGCAUGACAUAUAAUGUUUAUAUAAUAAU